GAUAUAUGAAGUCCCAAUGUCCGUUAAAUCUUCUCCUUCUUUGAGUUCAGAGGUGAUGGUUGGCAUGACUAUGACCAUGACCAUGACCAACUUCUUCCUAAAGCCCCAUCUCAUUCCCCUUCCCUCAAAAUUCUUGUUCCCUAACACAUUCAAACCCUCCCUUGCUCUUUCCCUUACAACAACUUUCUUCAUCCCACACUUCUCCACAACCCCUCUCUCCUACGGACCCUCCCUCCGCAAAGGUACCAUACCCUCCCACUCCCAAUCCCAAUCAUCCCAAAACCAAAACGAUGUCGUCCUCCGGGAAGAAGCCUUCACCCGCGUUUUCCUCCUCGCCGCUCUCCGCAUCCCCUCCGCCGAAUGCUCCGCCCUCGAAAGCCGCCUCCGCGGCCACCUCCUCAACUGGCCCCGCGUCCGCAACAUCGCUCGCGUCCCCGGCGAUGACCUCGACCCUAGCCUCGCUCCUCUCUUACCUCAGCCAAUUAGUGGCGAUGGCGAAUUCGAAAACGAAGAAGAAAGAACUCUCGUCUCAGUGCAGCGCCGGAUCCAUGGCAAGGCCGACGGAGAUGGCGACGUUCUGAGUCCCGUUCUGUACCGCGACAAACUGGCAAGGACGUUCAACUCGCGCGGAUUCGUAAAGUUCCGGAACCUCGCGAAGAUUUCGCGGCCGAACAGGAAUAAGAAGAGGAAGAAGAGGAAGGAGGCGAUGGAAGUGGAAGACGGUAGGCGCGUGGGGCAGAACGAUUUUGCCGUGGUUGAGGUUGUUGAGGAGGAAGAAGAAGAAGAUAGUGUUGGUAUGAGGAAGUUGCUAGGAGAAGAAUUUGUCAGUAGCAAGUGGAGGGGCUCGACGAGGUUGCUGCUUCUGGACGAACGCUACGCGGGUAGCGGUGUGGAGGAGCUGCCUGAGGCAAUUAAGGCUGUUUUGAAGGAGUAUGCAGAAAAGAGUACAAUGUUGACCCUUGAGCUAGUUAGAUGCAAGCUGACACUAUUCUAUGAUUACUGGCAGAUGACAGAGGUUUUGGAGACCUUGCUGCCUGAGGGUAUGAUUAUUCCUUCAGCUUUUGAGACUGUUGGUCAUAUAGCACACUUAAAUUUGAGGGAAGAACAUUUACCAUACAAGAGGCUAAUAGCAAAGGUUGUGCUGGAUAAAAAUAGGCCAAAGAUACAAUCGGUUGUGAACAAGAUUGAUUCCAUUCAAAAUGAGUACAGGACUAUGCAGCUUGAGGUUUUAGCAGGGAACCACUCUCUUGUGACUACAGUAGUUGAAAAUGGAAUUCGCUUUCAGGUUGACUUAGCAACAGUAUAUUGGAGUUCUAGGCUUGGAACUGAAAGACAAAGGCUUCUGAGUGGUUUCACACGGAAAGAUGUUGUCUGUGAUGUUUUCUCGGGAGUUGGUCCCCUAGCCAUAUCUGCCGCGAGGAUAGUUAAGCGUGUUCUUGCUAAUGACUUAAAUCCAUAUGCAGUUGAGUAUCUGGAAAGAAAUAGCGUUCUAAAUAAACUUGAGAAGAAGAUUAAGGUCUUCAACAUGGAUGGGAGAAGGUUCAUUAAGUCUCUUUAUGCCAGUGAUGUUUCUCAGUCCAUCACGCAAGUGGUUAUGAACUUGCCAAGUGAAGCUGCAGAAUUUCUAGAUGCAUUUCGGGGAAUAUACAAAAAUAGACCCAAGGAUGGCGAAUAUACUUUUCCUAUGAUCCAUGUUUAUGGAUUCUCCAAAGCGCGAGAUCCAGAAUUUGAUUUUCACGAGAGAAUAAGAAUUGCUCUGGUAGAAGUAGCAGUCAACGUAGACGUGCGACGGGUACGACUUGUUGCUCCUGGAAAAUGGAUGCUGUGCGCAUCAUUUAUUCUCCCUAAAAGUGUAGCAUUUGCUAAUACCACAGUUGAUACCUAAACAGUAUUUGAUUCCUUGCUCGAAGUAAAUUUUGUUCCGUUGCAUUAGUGGUCUAAAUUGAUAUUGUAUAUAUUGGUAACAUGAGGUAUUUACUUUUUUAAUAUUCCAACCUCUAGGUCUCUAGCAUUACUAAUUAGUGGAUAUAGAAAAAAUAACAAGUCCUUAAUAUUGAAUUCUAAGAGCUGCAACCGGCUUGUUCUGAGUUUAA